UGUGAAAGGCAGGCAGGAAACAGCCCCUCCCAGGUUAAGCGGAGGAGCUCUCAAGCAUGGCGUUGGCAGGAUUUUUGCCCAGCUUCAAAGGGAUUUGAAGGGUGGUGACAGGCUCCAGCCUAGACUGCGCCUCGGAAUGCAGACGCUUCUCUGCCUAGAACCUGGCCCGGCCUUGUGGGAAAGCCCCGGUUCCUGGCGGCACUGAACUGGUUCAUAUUCUAAAGAGAGCAGACACUGAGCAAAUGUUUGUUGAACUGAACCAAUCUGCUUCUAUGGGAACGUGACCUCCACUUCACAGUACUGAACUAAACAAACACAUACUUCUCCAGAACUAAACAGGCACGUACGUCUCCAGACAAAUGGUGAAAACGGUCAACUUCAAAAUAAGUCUGCAGGUCUUCACAGAAUGAGAAGCAUAGCAACGCUCAUGACUCCAGGCUAGUUCUGUUCUUUGCCAGUGUGUGCUUUGGGAGUUCUGUGAAGUGUUUGUAGUCAUUGCUGAUAAUCCAGGUGACACGGCAAACAUCGCUGUUCCCUUGGUCCAGUACAAAUAGAGGAAGGUUCGCUCGUAGGCAGCAUCUGAGCACCAGGCUCACAGGGACAUCAGCCUCUUCACUCUUCCAAACUCCAGCUCUCUUCAUUAAGAUAUUCUGGAAGCAACUGAGGAGUUGCUGCAAACAUUCUGGAAAUUACAGGUCUCAGCCGAAAUGAGUGAUACUCCUUCUACUGUUUUUUCCAUGAUUCAUCCUACUUCUUCUGAAGGUCAAGUUCCCUCCCCUCGCCAUUUGAGCCUCACUCAUCCCGUCGUGGCCAAACGGAUCAGUUUCUACAAAAGCGGAGACCCCCAAUUCGGCGGGGUCAGGGUGGUGGUCAACCCUCGCUCCUUUAAGUCCUUUGAUGCUCUGCUGGAUAACUUGUCCAGGAAGGUGCCCCUACCUUUCGGAGUGAGGAACAUCAGCACCCCUCGGGGCAGGCACAGCAUCACGCGCUUGGAGGAACUGGAGGAUGGGGAGUCGUACCUGUGUUCCCACGGCAGGAAAGUGCAGCCUGUGGACCUGGAGAAGGCCCGUCGACGCCCACGGCCCUGGCUCAGCAGCCGGGCCAUCAGCACGCAUGCGCCGCCCCACCCCGUUGCCGUCGCUGCUCCCGGCAUGCCCCGCGCCCCACGGAGCCUUGUGGUCUUCAGGAAUGGUGACCCGAAGACAAGGCGUGCGGUUCUUCUGAGCAGAAAGGUCACCCAGAGCUUUGAGGCGUUUCUGCAGCACCUGACGGAGGUCAUGCAGCGCCCGGUGGUCAAGCUGUACGCCACGGACGGAAGGAGGGUUCUCAGCCUCCAGGCAGUGAUCCUGGGCUCUGGAGCUGUGGUGGCAGCAGGAAGGGAGCCAUUUAAACCAGGAAAUUAUGACAUCCAAAAGUACUUACUUCCUGCUAGAUUACCAGGGAUCUCUCACCGUGUGUACCCCAAGGGAAAUGCAAAGUCAGAAAGCAGAAAGAUAAGCACACACAUGUCUUCAAGCUCAAGGUCCCAUAUUUAUUCUGUUUCUUCUGAGAAAACACAUAAUAAUGAUUGCUACUUAGACUAUUCUUUUGUUCCUGAAAAUUACUUGGCCUUAGAAAAAAGUGAUUCUCAGAAUUUACCAAUAUAUCCUUCUGAAGAUGAUAUUGAGAAAUCAAUUAUUUUUAAUCAGGAUGGCACUAUGACAGUUGAGAUGAAAGUUCGAUUCAGGAUAAAAGAGGAGGAAACCAUAAAAUGGACAACUACUGUCAGUAAAACUGGUCCUUCUAAUAAUGAUGAAAAGAGUGAGAUGAGUUUUCCAGGAAGAACAGAAAGUCGAUCAUCUGGUUUAAAGCUCGCAGCAUGUUCAUUCUCUGCAGAUGUGUCACCUACAGAGCAAAGCAGUGAUCAAGAGGGCAGUUUGGCAGAGGAGAUAAACAUUCAAAUGACAGAUCAAGAGGCUGAAACUUGCAGUUCUGCUAGUUGGGAGGAUGCUACUAUGGACACAGAUACCAUCCCGAGAACUCAGGAUCAAGCAAAGCAUCGUUUUUAUAGGCCCCCUACGCCUGGAUUAAGAAGAGUGAGACAAAAGAAAUCUGUGAUAGGCAGUGUGACCUUAGUAUCUGAAACUGAGGUUCAAGAGAAAAUGAUUGGACAGUUUUCCUAUAGUGAAGAAAGGGAAAGUGGGGAAAACAAAUCUGAAUAUCACAUGUUUACACAUUCUUGCAGUAAAAUGUCAUCAGUAUCUAACAAACCAGUACUUGUUCAGAUCAAUAACAAUGAUCAGAUGGAGGAGUCAUCAUUAGAAAGAAAAAGGGAAAACAGACUGCUUAAGUCAAGUGCAGUAAGUGCUGGUGUCAUAGAAAUUACAAGUCAGAAGAUGUUAGAGAUGUCCCAUAAUCAUGGUUUGCCAUCAACUAUAUCAAAUAAGUCCAUUGUGGAGGAAGAUGUAGUUGAUAGUGUAGUAUCGGACAACAAAACUGCUAUCAAGAACUUAAAAACUUACGGUAACACCAGUGAUAGGUCCAGUCCUGCUUCAGCAGAUGCAACCCAUUUUUCGAGUAACAACUCUAGAGCUGACAAAAAUAUUUCUGAGGCUCCAGCUUCAGUAGCAUCCUCUACUGUCACUGCAAGAAUUGACAGACUAAUUAAUGAAUUUGCACAAUGUGAUUUAACAAAACUUCCAAAAUCUGAAAAGAAGAUUUUAUCGUCUGUUGCCAGCAAAAAGAAGAAGAAAUCUCGACAGCAAGCAUUAAAUUCCAGGUAUCAAGAUGGACAGCUUGCAACCACAGGAAUUCUUAAUAAGAAUGAGAGAAUAAAUGCAGGAGGUAGAAUUACAAAGGAAAUGAUAUUGCAAGAUUCAGACAGUUCCCUUAAAGGAGGGACACUUUGUGAGGAAGACCUCCAGACAAGUGAGACUGUAAUUGAAUCAAAUACUUUUUCUUCCAAAAGCAAUCUCAAUCCCAUGAGUUCCAAGAAUUUCCGUAGAAAUAAAUUAAAUACUACUCAGAAUUCCAAGGUUCAAGGACUUUUAACCAAAAGAAAAUCUAGACCGCUAAAGAAAAUAAGCUUAGGAACACCUAAAAAAAGAGAAAUCAGUCAAGGAGAUAAAGUGUUUCCUCACAAUGAAUCUAAAUAUAGCAAAAGUACUUGUGAAAAUAAAAGUUUAUUUCAUGUAUUUAACCUCCUUGAGCAAAAACCCAAACCUUUUUAUGGACCACAGUCUCAAGCAGAAGUGGCAUCUGGGUAUUUGAGAGGAAUGGCAAAGAAGAGUUUAGUUUCAAAAGUUACUGAUUCACACAUAACUUUAAAAAGCCAGAAAAAACAAAAAGGGGAUAAAUUGAAAGCAAGUGCUAUUUUAAGUAAACAACGUGCUGCAACCAGGGCAAAUUCCUUAGCUUCUUUGAAAAAACCCGAUUUUCCUGAGGAUAUUGCUCAUCAUUCGGUUCAAAAUUAUAUACAGAAUUGGUUGCAUAACAUAAAUCCAUAUCCAACUUUAAAACCUAUAAAAUCAGCUCCAGUAUGCAAAAAUGAAAUAAGUGUGGUAAAUUGUAAAAAUAGUUUUUCGGGGAAUGAUCCCCAUACAAGUUCUGGAAAAAUAAAUAAUUUUGUUAUGGAAAGUAAUAAGCACAUAACUAAAAUUGCCAGUUUGCCAGGAGAUAAUCUAUGUAAAGAGGGAGAUAAGUCUUUUAUUGCCGGGGAUAUUGAUGAAGAUCUCUAUGAGACACAGGUUGGAUCUCUGAAUGAUGCUUGCUUGGUUUCCCUGCAUGAACACUGUACUUCGUCACAGUCAGCUAUUAAUGAUCAUAAUACUAAAAGUCAUAUAUCUCCUGAAAAAUCGGGACCAGAGAUAAACCUUGUUUACCAGGAAAUUAACCUAGCUAAAAAAAGGCAAAGUGUAGAGGCUGCCAUUCAAGUAGAUCCUAUAGAAGAAGACACUCCAAAAGACCUCUUCCCAAUCCUGAUGCUUCACCAAUUACAAGCUUCAGUUCCUAGUACUCCUAAGACUCAGAAUGGAGUUGUUCGAAUGCCGGGUUCACUUACAGAUGUUUCCUUUCCUUCUGCAAUAUGUAAUUCAUCCACUAAUCUCCUUCUAGCUUGGCUCUUGGUGCUAAACCUAAAGGGAAGUAUGAAUAGCUUCUAUCAAGGUGAUGCUCACAAGGCUACCAAUAAAUCUUCAGAAACACUUGCAUUAUUGGAGAUUCUAAAGCACAUAGCCAUCACAGAGGAAGCUGAUGACUUGAAAGCUGCUAUUGCCAAUUUAGUGGAGUCUACCACAAAUCACUUUGGACUCAGUGAGAAAGAACAAGACAUGGUUCCAAUAGAUCUUUCUGCAAAUUGUUCCAUAGUCAACAUUCAGAGUGUUCCUAAGUGCAAUGAAAAUGAAAGAACACAAGGAAUCUCCUCUUUUGAUGGAGGCUGCUCUGCCAUUGAGGCAUGUGCCCCUGAAGUCUGUGUUUUGGAAUUGACUUACCCUCCACGUGAGGUGUGCACUGUAAAUAAUGUUCCAAAAGAGACAUGCAACCCUAGUGACACGUUUUUUCCUAGUGAUGGUUAUACUGUGGAUCAGACCUCCACGAAUAAGGCUUGUUUCCUAGGAGAGGUCUGUUCACUUACUGAUACUGUGUUUUCUGAUAAGGCUUGUGCUCAAAAGGAGAACCAUAGCUAUGAGGGAGCUUGCCCAACUGAUGAGACUUGCAUUCCUGUCACUGUCUGCAAUAUCACUGAAUGUUUAAACUCUAAAGAAAACACAUAUACUGAUAACUUGGAAUCAACUGAAGAGUUAGAAAGAGGGGAUGAUGUUCAGAAAGAUCUAAAUAUUUUGACAGACCCUGAGUAUAAAAAUGGCUCUAAUACAUUGGUGUCACAUCAAAAUGUCAGUAAUUUAAGCCCUUGUGGUCUUUGCCUAAGUGAAGAAGAAGCAGAAUUUGAUAGGAAACAUAGUUCUGUAGACCUGUUUCAGGAUAAAAAUGCAUGUACUUCAUUUGAUAUGGAAGAACCAAGGACUUCUGAAGAACCAGGCUCCGUAACCAACAGCAUGACAUCAAGUGAAAGAAACAUUUCAGAAUUGGAAUCUUUUGAAGAAUUAGAAAACCAGGACACUGAUAUCUUUAAUACAGAUGUAAAUGUAGGAGAGAAAGCCACUGAGGAAUUCAUCCAAGAAGAGAUAGAGGCUAGUAAAACUUUAGAAUUGCUAGACAUCGCUAAUAAGAAUAUUACGGUAGAAGAAAGAAAGAAUGGUAUAAUUUAUGAAACAACCAGUAAGAGGCUGGCAACACCACCAUCUUUAGUUUUUUGCUAUGAUUCUAAGCAAAAUAAUGAAAAGGAGACCAAUGAAGGAGAAACUAAUAUGGUAAAAAUGAUGGUGAAAAGCAUGGAAACUGGAAGUUAUUCAGAGUCCUCUCCUGAUUUGAAAAAAUGCAUCAAAAGUCCAGUGACUUCUGAUUGGUCAGACUAUCGACCUGACAGUGACAGUGAGCAGCCAUAUAAAACAUCCAGUGAUGAUCCCAAUGACAGUGGUGAGCUUGAGAAAGAAUACAACAUAGGAUUUGUUAAAAGGGCAAUAGAAAAACUUUACGGUAAAGCAGAUAUUAUCAAACCAUCUUUUUUCCCUGGGUCUACCCGCAAAUCUCAGGUUUGUCCUUGUAAUUCUGUGGAAUUUCAGUGUACCAGGAAAGCAAGUCUUUAUGAUUCUGAAGGGCAGUCAUUUGGCUCUUCUGAACGGGUAUCUAGUAGUUCACCUAUAUUGCAGGAAUUCCAGGAGGAAGGACAAAAUAAGUGUGAUGUUAAUGGUGUGAGGAACAAUUAUUAUGGGGGUGACAUUUUAGAACUUGGUACAAAACAAAAUGAUCAUAGCAGAGUCCUCACAGACAUAGAGGAAGGAGUGCUGAUUGACAAGGGCAAAUGGCUCCUGAAAGAAAAUCGUUUGCUAAGAAUGUCAUAUGAAAAUCCUGGCAUGUGUGGCAACGCAGACACCACAUCAGUGGACACCCUACUUGAUAAUAACAGCAGUGAGGUACCAUAUUCACAUUUUGGUAAUUUGGUCCCAGGCCCAACCAUGGAUGAAUUAUCCUCUUCAGAACUGGAGGAACUGACUCAGCCCCUUGAACUAAAAUGCAACUACUUUAAAAUGCCUCAUGGUAGUGACUCAGAACCUUUUCAUGAGGAUUUGCUGGAUGUUCACAAUGAAACCUGUGGCAAGGAAAGAAUAUCAAAUCACCAUACAGAGGAGAAGUGUCCUCAUCAGUCAGAAAGAAUAUGCACAUCUGUCACUCAUUCCUUUAUGACUGCUGGUAACAAAGUCUACCCUGUCUCUGAUGAUGCUGUUAAGAACCAGCCAUUGCCUGGCGGUAAUAUGAUUCAUGGUACACUUCAGGAAGCCGACUCUUUGGAUAAACUGUAUGCUCUUUGUGGUCAACAUUGCCCAAUCCUAACUGUUACUAUUCAACCUGUGAAUGAGGAAGAUCGAGGAUUUGCAUAUCGUAAAGAAUCUGAUAUUGAAAAUUUCUUGGGUUUUUAUUUAUGGAUGAAAAUACACCCAUAUUUACUUCAGACAGACAAAAAUAUGUUUAGGGAAGAGAACAAUAAAGCAAGUAUGAGAAAAAACAUUAUUAAUAAUGCCAUUGGUGAUAUAUUCGAUGAGUUUUAUUUCAAUAACACAUUUGACUUGAUGGAUAAAAGAAGGAAACAAAAAAGAAUUAACUUCUUGGAGUUACAGGAGGCAGGUAAUUUAAAGAAAUUUCAACCAGAUUUGAAGGAAAGGUUUUGUAUGUAUUUCUUGCACACAUCAUCGUUAGUUGUGGGUAAUAUGAAUUCAAAUACACAAGACCUCAGCAGUCAGACAAAUGAAUUCUUUAAAGCAGUCGAUGAGAAUAACAACUUAUUAAAUAACAGAUUUCAGGGUUCAAGAACAAAUCUCAACCAAGUAGUAAGAGAAAAUAUCAGUCAUUACUUCUUGGAAAUGCUUGGUCAAGCUUGCCUCUUAGAUAUUUGCCAAGUUGAGACAUCCUUAAAUAUUAGCAACAGAAAUGUUUUAGAAGAACUUUGUAUGUUUGAGGAUGAAAAUAUUUUCAUUUGGGAAGAGGAAGACAUAUUAAAUUUAACUGAUCUCGAAAGCAGUACAGAACAAGAAGAUUUAUAAUUUCAAUAUCAGCACAGUCAUUCUCUUUCAAUACAUUUUUCCCAUAUGAGAUGAAGCACAUGUGAGGAAUAUGGACUAGAUAAUCUUGAAGAAUUCCCACUUCUUCCAAUUAACUUUACCCCAGAGAGCUUACCCUUGGAUAACCAGUGUGACUUUCAUAAUUUAUUUGUUCCGUGUUUUUCCAGCAAUUAUAGACUCAUUUUCUUGUCUUUUAUUUUGGAAGUUUCUAUGUGCUUUUGUUCUGAACUUAUUUUUGUUUUGUAUCUAUGAUUUUUUUUUUUUGCCUAGGGCAUCAAAAUGUGCUAAGGACAAUAAUUAUAUCCUCUUAUAAAACUGUGGUUAGCUUGGUGUAAAAUGUAUAUUGAAUGUAUUGGUGAAUAAAUUGAAUAGACAUA